AUGACCUACGAGCAAAGUGACUACAACGAGGAACAAGAUGAGUUGGUAAUGCAACUGAACGUUCACAUUAACGAUUUGCCGAGCGAAAUCUUGCUCGCGGUAUUUUGUAAUUUGUCCCCUGUGGACUUGAAAGACGCACGGUUAGUUUGUCGCCAAUGGAACAACGUGAUUCUGGAUAAAGCAGCAUGGAUUCGGGCGUUUGACAACAAGUUCCAGACCGGCGAUGUUUUUGCGUCCGUCACGGGGUCCGACCGGUGGAUUCUGGAAUAUUUCGGCCGCUUGGCGGCGCUGCGAACGUGGGCCAAGGCCAAGUCGUGGUCGAAGCUGUAUUCCCUAGUAAAUAAUGAGUAUGGUCAAGUGGACCAAGUAGUCGCCGAUUUUGUCCACGAUAGGCUUUUGACGUUCUCGAGAGCUCUGGGAACUGUCACUUCUUGUACACUCACUCUGGGUAAAAAUCAGGUGUUCAUUCCUGAGAACCAUGUCUUUGCCAGCACUCUGGCCUACGAUGUCAACUGGACUUACCUUUGUGUCGGCAAGAUUAGUGGCGAAGUUUACUUGAAAAACCUCAUUACGGCUACAUCUUCAGGAUCUAGUAGAACCUCUGUGACAUGCUUGAAGACAUGUGCCGAGCCGGUGGCUGGAGUAAGAAUGAACUCCGACUUUGACAAACACAGGGAAAGAGCAGACAUUUUGGUGGUGACUAAAUCUGGAAUAUUACAAUUUCUCGAUUUAGACGCUCAUGCACACGGAGAGAUACGUUUAGACGAUACGGCGCUUUAUUUGGACUCUGACUUCAAGAGCAGAAUUGUAGUGAUCACAUCGAAGUACAUCAACGUUAUCGAUUUUGCAUCGAGAAAGCCACAACAGAAGAUUGCUCACGGGUGGGAAUUUGACGCGAAACCUUGUGUCUGUGAUGUUGACUUUUAUGACUCGAAUGUGGUAUUGGGACUCGCAGAUGUGUUCAAGGUCUUUCAUAUCGACGGAAAUACUUUCUCUGUUGCCGAAGGAAACAUACACCCAUCUCUAUCGAUCAUAGGCGGCACAAUCCAAGAGUGCGAUAAAGAAAGAAAUACUCAAAUUGCUGGUGGUGACGGACGACUCUAUGCAUUGACGGUCUCUAAUGGUAGCGUUGCAGUCUUCGAGCUUCGAGAAGCUAGGUCACCUAUAGAGUUUAAAACGACGAUAAUGCCAUUUGCAGACGAUCGCACUCCUCAAAACAUACACAUGUACACCAAAGUUGCCCUCAACAGCUCUGUGAUUGCCAUUGGAGCACUUGCGGACUGGAUACAUUUCUAUGACUCUCAUUCGGGCCACUACCUAAGAGAAGGUGCAAAAGUCUCGCGAAAGCUCACUCGAAAUGGAAUGGUCCCAAUUCUGUACAUCAAAUUUGCCCAUAAUGGCGCUGGUGGAGUUGUUGUGAGCGGAGACGUUGUGCAAUACUUUAAAUUUGGCGAGUCAAUGUUGGACUCGAAGCGCCCUAAUACUCCGCAAGACCUUGACAUGAGAAACAAGAGGACAAUUCAACAGCAUAUCAAGAACCAGCUCGACGAGUAUACCGAGCUUGAGCAUCACAAAGAAGUACUGGCACAACUUGCUGACAAGUUCAACGGCACUACCUUUGAGAACGAGCAAGAAGAACUACGUGUUGCUAUGGCCUUGAGUGCCAGUACUGUUGAUGUAGAAGAUUCAGAUCUUGAGCGGGUGUUGGCUUUGCUGCGUGAAGAUGUUGCCUCGCCAAUGUCACAUCAGGCUGAAAUGGUGGAGGACUGGGAAUCCCCUGAACCUGCAACAUACAAUAUUGGUUCUAGUCGUGCUCUUGAAAGUGCAGUAGAUGUCGAAGAACUGGAAGACGAAAUUCUACAACGGGUCUUGAAACUUUCGAUGUUGGAGCAUUAG